CAUCUAUUCCGCGUUCGUAAGAGCCUAGCGUAACUAUUUCAUCGUCCACGCAAAGCCGUCGCCCCGUUCUGCGUCACACCACAAGAAACGCACUCGAGCUGGCGACUCCUAUUAUGCGGGACGCAUGAUCCUUCUCAUCAACAGAAACACCGUUAUAUAUAACACAUGGCACAUGGCCAAUGAUAGAAAUGGACUGCCCGGGAGCUGGGCAUAUAAUCUCCUCCGGCCUCCUCUUCGGUUACGGAGGUGACGACAAGCUUGUCACCUCCGGUAGCAGUGCCAUUUCGCGAUAGUUGCCAUGAAGAAAACAGAGAGACUAGUAUCCAUAUUUAUUGCUCUCUCCACGCUGCUCGACGUAGCGGCACAGCAGUCGUGCGGAGGAGCAUACGCCCAAUGCGGAGGACUGCUUUACGAUGGCCCGACCUGCUGUGAGACCGGCCUCGUGUGCGCGAAGCAGAAUGACUACUACUCCCAGUGUCUUACGCCUGGAACUCCCGGAGCCUCAAGUGACCCGAUCAUAUCAGUAACCACCACAACAGUCCCGCCUGUGACGACAGUCUCCACUCCCUAUCGUACUUCGACGGUUUUCUUGUCCGGUGCGGCAGCUGCCGCUCACACCCAAGCAGCGUAUCCAAGUGGGGCCGGCGGCUGCAGUGGGCAGGCUAUGGCUGACGGUGCGUGCUGUCCGGUCUACUGCUCGACAGACCUCCGGUCCGAACGGUGCACGAGCGACUGUACGGGGAGCUGCAUCACCCCUGAUCCGGGUAUGUGCAAGUCGGGGACUAUAUGGGGUGAAGUGCACAGCGUCGCGGAGGAGGAAAGCUGGCAUUACAGCCGCUCAACGCAUUAUGGUAUUACCAGCGCGGGAGCGUGUGGCUUCGGGCUGUAUGGUUUGUGCGCGAAGCCGAAGGAGGUCUGGGUCGACACGAUGCUGGGAGAUGCCUGCGAUGCGUUCUGCAAGGAAUACCCACCACUUUGUCAGGACCCAGCAGGAAACAUGACGCUGCGCGGGAACUUUGCUGCGCCCAACGGAGACUACUACACGCAAUUCUGGAACUCGCUUCCUGGCCACGAGAGAGAUAAUUACCUUUCGUGCGGCGAGUGCUUCGAGGUGAUCCAUACCAAGCCCGACGGAGCCGACUACGCCUUCGGCGAAAGUGGUUACACGGAUCCUAUCAUCCUAGAGAUCACCGAUUCUUGCCCCUGCUGGCCGAAUCCAAAGUGGUGCUGUGGCUCAGGGGCCGACCGUUGCGGCGAGAUCAACUUCAAGUACGGAUGCCCACUUCCGAAGGAUAGCAUUCACCUCGAUCUGUCCGAUAUCGCGAUGGGUCGGCUUCAGGGUAAUGGCAACAUUGUGGAAGGUGUCAUUCCUACUCGAUAUAGGCGCGUACAGUGCCCCAAGCCCGGCAAUGUGUACGUCUGGCUCCAUCCGUCUGCGGGACUUUACUACUUUCAGGUAACUGCUGUCAACGUAGCCAGCAGCACCGGAAGUAUAGUCAACAUGGAGGUUCGGGGAGCGGGUCAGAGGGAAUGGGUGACGCUAAUUCAGCAGCCGGAUUACUCGUCUUCUAGACCACAAGAGAGAUAUGGUGCCUGGCAAAUUCUGAAAGACAGUGGGCCGUACAAGGUCCCAAUCGGUAUGCGUCUGACGAGUGCAACGGGCGAGCAGAUUGUGAAUGAGGCGCUGAUUACCUCCUUUACGGAGCCGAGCACUGUGCCUUCUGGUUCAUGGUAUCUCGACAUGGGCUUGCAGUUUAUCCACUGAACAAUCAUGUAACGAUCAUAGUAAGAAAGUGUUAAUUCAUUCUUAGAGUCUCAAGAUUGUAACGC